AUGGCGGUUGUUGGAGGAAUUUCCGAAUGUAAGGGCAAUAGUAACGGUGUCGAUUUCGAUGACCUUGCUAAAUUCGCCAUCGCGGAACACAACAAGAAGGAGAAUGCUGCUCUGGAGUUUGUGAAAGUAAUAGAAACAAAGGAGCAGGUGGUACAGGGUGCCAUGUAUUAUAUCAAAUUGGAAGCAAAUGAUGGUGGUGAGAAGAAAACUUAUGAAGCCAAGGUGUGGGUUAAGCCAUGGGAGAAUUUCAAGGAAUUGCAGGAACUCAAACUUGUUUGAUGCUGC